AUGAAUUCAGGCUUAUGGAGCCAAGAAAAAGUUACUUCACCUUAUUUGGAAGAACGGAUUUUUUAUUUGCUUCUGCAAGAAUGCAGUGUUUCAGACAAACAAACACAAAAGAUUCUUAAAGUACCUAAAGGAAGCAUAGGACAAUAUGUUCAAGAUCGUUCUUUGGGCCAUGCAAGAAUUCCUCUUUCUAAAGGCAAGAAAAAUCAUAUUGGUUUAAAAAUUUUGGAGCAGCCACAUGCAGUCUUAUUUGUGGAUGAGAAGGAUGUAGUAGAAAUAAGUGAAAAAUUCACAGAAUUGCUUUUGGCCAUUACCAAUUGUGAGGAAAGAUUCAGUUUGUUUAAAAACAGAAGCAGACUAAGUAAAGGCCUCCAAAUAGAUGUGGGAUGCCCUGUGAAAGUACAGCUGAGAUCUGGGGAAGAAAAAUUUCCUGGAGUUGUACGCUUCAGAGGACCCUUGUUAACGGAGAGGACAGUGUCGGGAAUAUUCUUUGGCGUAGAAUUGCUGGAAGAAGGUCGGGGUCAAGGUUUCACUGAUGGAAUUUACCAAGGGAAACAGCUUUUCCGGUGUGAUGAAGAUUGUGGUGUCUUUGUAGCUUUGGACAAAUUAGAGCUUAUAGAAGAUGAUGACAGUACAUUGGAAAGUGAUUAUGCAGGCCCAAUUGACAUGAUGCAGGUUGAACUUCCUCCUUUGGAAAUAAAUUCUAGAGUUUCUUUGAAGGUUGGCGAAGGUAUAGAAUCCGGAACAGUUAUAUUCUGUGAUGUCUUGCCAGGAAAAGAGAAUUUAGGAUACUUUGUUGGAGUUGACAUGGAUAAUCCUAUUGGAAAUUGGGAUGGAAGAUUCAACGGAAUACAACUUUGUAGUUUUGCAAGUGUGGAAAGUACACUUCUGUUGCAUAUCAAUGAUAUCAUACCAGCUUUAUCAGAUAGUGUGACACAAGAAAGAAGGCCUUCCAAACUUGCGUUUAUGCCAAGAGGUGGUGGGGAUAAAGCUUUAUCCAGUCAUAGUAAACCAAAGGCUACAGGAUCUACCUCAGACCCUGGAAAUAGAAGCAGAUCUGAAUUAUUUUACACGUUAAAUGGUGGUUCUGUUGAUUCUCAACCACAAACCAAAUCAAAAAACACUUGGUACGGUGAUGAAGUUGCUGAAGAUCCUGCAAAAUCCCUAACAGAUAUAGCUUCAGAUUUUGGACAUUCUUCACCACCUCUGCAGCCUCCUUCUAUGAACUCUUCCACCAAUGAGAACAGAUUUCACUCUUUACCAUUUAGCUUGACAAAGAUGCCAAAUACCAAUGGAGGUAUUGGGCACAGUCCUCUAUCUCUCUCUGUCCAGUCGGUGAUAGGAGAGCUAAGCAACUCUCCGGUCCAAGAGAGUCCACCUUUGACUGUACCUUCAAGUAAUUCACAUGGUCUUGAAGUAGGCUCAUUGGCUGAAGUUAAAGAUAAUCCUCCUUUCUUUGGUGUAAUCCGUUGGAUUGGUCAGCCACCAGGACUAAAUGAAGUAUUAGCAGGACUGGAACUGGAAGACGAAUGUGCAGGCUGCACAGAUGGAACUUUCAGAGGUACGCGUUAUUUCACCUGUGCUCUGAAGAAGGCACUGUUCGUUAAACUCAAGUGCUGUAGGCCUGAUUCUAGGUUCGCCUCUCUUCAGCCAGUUUCCAACCAGAUUGAACGAUGCAACUCUUUAGCAUUUGGAGGUUACUUAAGUGAAGUGGUAGAAGAGAAUACUCCACCAAAAAUGGAAAAAGAAGGUUUAGAGGUAAUGAUUGGAAAGAAGAAAGGUAUCCAGGGCCAUUACAAUUCUUGUUACUUAGACUCUACCUUAUUCUGCUUAUUUUCUUUUAGUUCUGUUCUGGACACUGUCUUACUUAGACCUAAAGAAAAGAAUGAUGUAGAAUAUUAUAGUGAAACUCAAGAACUACUGAGGACAGAAAUUGUAAAUCCUCUUAGAAUAUAUGGAUAUGUUUGUGCCACAAAAAUUAUGAAACUGAGAAAAAUACUUGAGAAAGUUGAGGCUGCAUCAGGUUUUACCUCUGAGGAAAAAGAUCCUGAAGAGUUCUUGAACAUCCUGUUUCAUCAUAUUUUGAGGGUAGAACCAUUAUUAAAAAUAAGAUCUGCAGGACAAAAGGUACAAGAUUGUUAUUUCUAUCAAAUUUUUAUGGAAAAAAAUGAAAAAGUUGGUGUUCCUACAAUUCAACAGCUGCUAGAAUGGUCUUUCAUCAAUAGUAACCUAAAAUUCGCAGAGGCACCAUCAUGUCUGAUUAUUCAGAUGCCUCGAUUUGGAAAAGACUUCAAACUCUUCAAAAAAAUUUUUCCUUCAUUGGAAUUAAAUAUAACAGAUUUACUUGAAGAUACUCCCAGACAGUGCCGGAUAUGUGGAGGACUUGCUAUGUACGAAUGCAGAGAAUGCUAUGAUGAUUCUGACAUUUCUGCUGGAAAAAUCAAGCAGUUUUGUAAAACCUGCAACACACAAGUCCACCUUCAUCCCAAGAGGUUAAGUCAUAAAUACAACCCAGUGUCACUUCCCAAAGACUUACCUGACUGGGACUGGAGACAUGGCUGUAUACCUUGUCAGAAGAUGGAGUUGUUUGCUGUUCUCUGCAUUGAAACCAGCCAUUAUGUUGCUUUUGUAAAGUAUGGGCGAGAUGACUCUGCCUGGCUCUUCUUUGACAGCAUGGCGGACCGUGAUGGCCUUCAAUAUCUUUCUCUUUGCGCUCAGUCUUUGAAACGUACAUCCUCUUCUACAAUUCCACGGGCAGAACUGAUAAAACCCGAGAAGAAACUGUCUAAGGAAAACGAGAACCACGCAACUGCGUCUUCCGAGUGCAGCAAGCGCCAUCGUGUGGCCGCAGUCGGUCAUGUUGGUACUUGA